UGUCCAGGCAGUGACUUUAAAUGACCUCAACAUUUUCGGCAAUCAUCUUCACACCACAUGAAUCUUCAUCUACCGACCUCAUAAACGUGUCUUUCAUUUUUUUUUCUCUCCAUCAAAUAUAUGGAGAAUCUCUGUUUUCAAGACUCUGUUUCUCUCUUUGUGACAAUGGUGGUGGUCAUUGUUCUUCUUCAUCCUCAUCUCACACUUUCUGCUACGUCUACAUACUCUCCUCGUCCCGACAAGUUCUACAUCAACUGUGGGUCCGACUCAAAUGUCACUUACGCUGGUCGGACUUUCACUGGAGAUAUGAUCCUCUCCAGUGGUAACUCCAUGUCCUUCACCAGGGAAGCAACAACUGAAGUCAUCAACCAAUCUGGAUCUUCCAUUUUACCAGAAAUCUAUCGGACGGCUAGGAUCUUCAGACGCUCUUCUCAUUACAAGUUCCAACUCGAUUCCGUUGGUCUACACUUCCUGCGUCUCCAUUUCUCUGCUGACUCUUCUCGAACAGAUCUCUUAACCGCUCGUUUCACUGUCUCUGCUUCUUCCGGUUCUAACCAUCCCUUGAAAAGUUUCUCGGUUCAGAACUUCAACGAGACCCCACGAGUCGAAGAGUUUCUCCUCAUGAUCAACUCCCCAAAACUCGUAAUCCGAUUCGUGCCGGACCGGUCCUCUGUCGCUCUCGUCAACGCCAUUGAAGUGUUCUCUGCUCCUAAUGACCUCACAGCGUCCGGCAAGAAUCUGCAUACGAUUUACAGAUUAAACGUAGGAGGCAAGACAAUUAGACCAGAGGAGGACACGUUGGGACGAACUUGGUCGCCAGACGAUGAAUUUCUCUACAAAAGAGAUCCAUCUAGAAACAUUUCAUCGACACAGAAGCCUAACCACCAGUCCGGGUCAGAACUCACUGCUCCUGACUUCCUCUACCGGACGGCUAAAACGAUGGUUUCGUCUGAAAUGAUCAUAUUUAUGAUAAACGUUACAUGGUCUUUUAAGGUGAAAAGCAACUAUAGACACUACAUCAGGGCUCACUUCUUUGAUAUCAAGAACAACGAAUCUCAACCCUCCGAUUUUUAUCUUUACGUAAAUGGGCAUUGGCGUCUGCAUGUCAAUCCUUCGGAUCACCGUGGACCGCCGGUGACACCGUUUUAUAUCGAUGUUGUCAAUGUCUCUGAUGGGUCUGGACUUUUGAAUGUUAGUCUAGGUAAUACGGAACCCUAUAAGGAUGCUGGCUUUCUGAACGGUCUGGAAGUCAUGGAGUUUUUGGAAAGUUCUUCAAAUGGAAGUAGUUCCCGGGUUUACAUCAUCGCUGGCUGUGCUGCUGUUGCGUUGGUUUUGGUAUUGGUCUUGAGUUUGUUGUUUAUGGUUUUCUUGAAGCGGAGGAGGCGAUCCAAGAAGAUGCAACCAGAAGUUGAGGUCACUGACUGGUCUCCUUUGCCAUUGAACAGAGGAGGUGGGAGUUCCGACAAUAGAUAUUUCUAUUCGGACAACAAUAACCUCCAGUUAGGUUUGAAGAUUCCCUUCAAAGACAUUAUGGUAGCUACAAACAACUUCGACGAGCAGCUGUUGAUCGGGAAAGGCGGUUUCGGAGACGUUUACAAAGCCAUUCUCCCAGACGGAAGCAGAGUUGCUAUCAAGAGAGGCAAAACCGGUUCCGGACAAGGUAUACUCGAGUUUCAGACAGAGAUCCAAGUCUUGUCGAGAAUCUGGCACAGGCAUCUCGUUUCUCUAACGGGUUACUGCGAGGAGCACUCGGAGAUGAUCCUUGUCUACGAGUUCAUCGAGAAAGGUACGCUUCAGGAGCAUCUCUACGGCUCCUCCGAUUUGCCUUCGCUGUCGUGGAAACUGAGACUGGAGAUUUGCAUGGGAGCAGCUAGAGGACUGCAUUAUCUCCACAGCGGCUCGGAAGAAGCUAUCAUUCACAGAGAUGUUAAAUCCACAAACAUAUUACUAGACGAGAACACUGUCGCCAAAGUUGCUGACUUCGGGAUAUCGAAGCUCGUGGUUCGGAAUCAAGAACCCAUCAGUAUCAGUACUAACAUCAAAGGAACGUAUGGCUACCUCGAUCCUGAGUAUAUGUACACGCGCAUCUUGACGGAGAAAUCGGAUGUGUACUCGUUUGGAGUUGUUCUCCUCGAGGUCUUGUGCGCAAGACCGGCUCUCGACAGGAACCUUCCUGCCGAGGAACAGAACCUAGCGGACUGGGCGAUGUCAUGCAAAUCCAACAGGAUGGUUGAUAAGAUUGUGGAUCCGAGAUUGGUAGGUCAAAUCGAGCCGAACGUUUUGAGGAAGUUCGUGGAAGUUGCGGAGAAAUGUCUUACGGAUUAUGGAGACGAGAGGCCGAGUAUGGCGGAUGUGAGCUGGGAACUGGAAUACAUUCUUCGGCUUCAGAUGAUGACUGGUCUUGAAGAUAGUGCCGUGUCUAUCUCCAGCUGUGGAGAUGAUGGGUCCUUGGUGAUUCCAAGGCUAAUGGUGAGUGAUUCGUUUAGCUGCAACUCAAUUUUACAGGAGGAUCAAUUGAAGAACAAAUAUGGAAGCACAAAUUCAUCUCGUUCUCAGGCUCGAGUUUUGUCCCAUGUCAGAGAGGAACCGUUACGAGAUUAACGAAGAAGUGGAUGUUGCUGUUUUUUGGUGUAGUUAAAGUUGGGAAGUGCCAUGUGAUGUGACAUUACCGUUGGUGAACAUUAUUUCCGAUAUAAGUAAAAACAUUGUUUUAGAUGAUCUUCAUGUCGAGCAAAAGUGUUGUACUACACUACUACUAGCUGAUUUUUUUAAGAGGAAUUACAUCCUAUAUACACGGAAUAAAGAUUAUUUAGGUA